UGAAAAUUGUCCAGUUUUCCACAGUCUUCGUCUGUGUAUCGUGUUGAUGUUACCUAUCUUUGAGAGAAAAUUUUCGUCAUAUAAACAUGAGUAAAGAAACUUAAAGAUGUUGAGUCCAAAAAUGCAAAGAACUAUUCGCGUCAAUGAGAAUCAGCUGAUAAUGUUAUCAGAAAGGGCUCACUAUGACCACUCGCAAGCCGGCUAUUUGCAUAAGAGAUCAGCAGACAGCAGUAAAUGGCAACUGAGAUGGUUCGUGCUUUACCAGAACCUCUUAUUUUAUUACGAUUCCGAAAACUGUCAUCGACCUAGUGGUGUCCUGCUUUUGGAAGGAUGCUACUGCGAACGCCUCAUCACCACGGGCAGCGCUUCGAAAAGCAAAGAUGGCUCCGAAAAACAGUACUGUUUCGCUAUAUCCUACAGAAGAGAGAAUAUUCGUCAGUACGAGCUAAGAGCUUUGAAUGAAAUGGACUGUAAAAACUGGAUCGAAGCUAUUCGAGACGCAAGUUUUAACAAGUUGUUGUUACAAAAGGAAGAACUGGAGCAAAAACAUUUGCAUUUGCUGCAGAUCGUCGAGUCUGAAAAAACAGCAAAAUGGCAAUAUACACAGCAAUGCGAAGAGCUGGCUUCGGAAAUCAAAAAGCUGCGAGCUGAGCUGUUUGCUUUGAAAAAAGAAUGGAAGCCAAUCCCUGCUCACCAAUCCACAAGCAGUUUAACAUCAAAUCAGGGAACGUCUACCUCGACGGUCUCCGGCCCUUUUGCUCACGUCGAACAAGACUCGAUCGAAUUACGAAAAAUUAAGAAAGUGCAAAGUUUUUUCCGGGGAUGGCUCUGUCGCCGACGCUGGAAACAGAUCGUCGAGCAAUACAUAAAAUCUCCUCACGCCGAGAGCAUGCGAAAGAGGAACAGUCUCGUUUUCCGGAUGGUCGAGGCGGAAGAAGAGUACAUGGAACAGAUGGAAGUUCUUGUUUCUUGUUUUUUGAGACCGUUCAAGAUGGCCGCCUCUUCGAAAAAGCCGCCCUGUUCGCACGAAGAUGUCAAUUCCAUCUUCCUCAACAGCGAAACCGUGCUGUUCUUACACCAAAUUUUCCUCAAAGGGUUAACAUCAAGACUUGAAAGCUGGCCUACCUUAGUUUUAGGAGAUCUUUUUUCCAUGUUGCUUCCUAUGUUGAGUAUCUACCAGGAGUACGUGAGGAACCACCAUUACUCUCUUCAAGUACUCACCGAAUGCAAACAAUCACCGCAGUUUUCGGCGCUCUUGAAACGCCUGGAAAGUAAACCUGCCUGCCAUGGAAGAUCCUUAGAGACUUUUCUCACUUAUCCUAUGCAUCAGGUGCCGAGAUACAUCAUCACCCUCCAUGAACUCCUAGCUCAUACUCCGCAUGACCACGUCGAGAGAAAAAGUCUACAGAACGCCAGACAACAGCUAGAGGAUCUCUCCAGACAAAUGCACGAUGAAGUGUCUGAAACGGAAAAUCUCCGUAAAAAUCUAGCCGUUGAGAGAAUGGUAGUGGAGGGUUGUGACAUUUUGCUCGACGUGAAUCAAGUUUUCGUUCGGCAAGGCAGCUUAAUUCAGCUGCCUUCUGAAAAGCACCGGAGUUCAAGGAGUAAAUUAAACUUCAAAAGUGAAAAGGAAUGUCUCCGACAAUGUUUCUUGUUUUCGAAUCAUCUCAUCAUCGCCACAAGGACUUCGAGUGGGAAACUCCAUUUAGUUCCAGAUAUCGGCAAAAUACCCUUAGCUGAUGCUUUGUUGAUCGAAGACCCGAGCGACAAUCCCGAAGAUGAUGAAUCUUCAGUUUGUUCAGUCUCCAGUCAGUCAUCCGGAAUUUCUGAAACCUCGGCAGCCAGCUGCAGCUUGCACAACAGGGACUUCAAAAUUAUUGUCGAUCUGAAAAAUGGUUCUCAACCCGGACAGGUGACUGUCCAUCUCCUUGCGUCGACAAUGCAAGAAAAAGCGGCGUGGAUUUCCGAUAUCAGCCAAUGUUUGGAUAACGUUCAGUUUAAUGAUAUGAUACGGCCAACGAUGUCAGAUAACUGUUCCAUUACUCUUCCUCAGUCGUUGAAGAACGAUCCAAAGCUAUUUAAAGAUGAGGCAGAUAUCCGGUUCAGUAGAACAAUGAAUUCUUGUAAAGUUCCUCAAAUAAGAUACGCAACACCAGAACGCCUUCUUCAAAGAUUAACUGAUUUAAGGUUCCUCUCCAUAGACUUCUUAAAUACAUUCCUCCUUACAUAUCGCGUUUUUACUGACGGCGUUACUGUCCUGGAAGCUUUAAAGAAAGUGUUCUAUAGCAGUGAUCCUGAACCGCAAGGCUCUGUUAUUUCUCUUGAAGUCUUCUCCAACAAAGACGAAAAUACAUUACAAUUGUACGAUGAUCGAAGGCGUAGUAGCUUUUCUCCGCGUAGAACAAGCGGUGCUAGUUCCGUCUCAGGGUACGGCUCUGAAAUGAGCGAACGCGACAGAUCUCACAGCUAUGACUCUCAAGGACAUAGACACUGGAAGGCAACUCUGCAGAAAUACGAAGAAGAGAGUCACGAGCAAACUCAUCCUAAAAUCAUCAAACAAAGUCCGACGGCACACCAAAAAGAAUCGGUUUCACCUCCAGCACAAAAAUCCAUCUCCAUCAGGGUCGAACAGUCCGAAACCACGCAAGAAGACACUUGCCAUUUGGCCAUACCCAAAGUAACGGGGUCGAGCAGUAGCGAAACUUUGACAGGUACCUUCGUACUCCUUACAAAGACUCAAUUCGAAACAAAACUUUCCCUAGACGUGACUGUUUUGAGUGCGCCCUGCUCUCCUAGUAACCUCAGCUCCGUAACUCUGGUAGGAUCUUCACCAUCAGACACCAAUGAAGGCGAAGCGGGUGCUUCUCCCCACCACUCCCCUAAAAAAAGCACAUCUCCAAAAAAAGAACCUCCCCCUCCAACCCCGACGGUCCAUCACAGACCCUCUCUUAAGCACGACCCGAUGGAGAAGAAAGUCGAAAGAGGAGUAUCCGAAGACACUGAAGAAGAUAUGACACUGUUCUUCAACACUAUGCAUCGUGCAUCAUGUAGUUCCUCGCGGUCGGCUAGCAUCUCGACCACGGCAACCAGUGCCGUUUUGCAGAGUUAUUACGGAUCUAGGAGGUCGAUGCAAGAGGGUGAAGCAACUUCGACGGCUCGUUCCAGUUUUCAACACGAUUCUCCUCAGAAACCGAGUAAGGCGGGAGUUGUGAUCACCUCGUUCCGGCAAUCGAAACGACGUUAUUUUAGAAGUAGCACAUCAAGUGCGGCUGCUGCGUUUGCUAUUGCCACUUCGGGGUCUAGCAAUCCUAGGGAUUUGUCUCCUAGUGCUCGCGGAGAUGGACGAGGUAGCAUGAUGGAUCAGGAUGAAUUUGCAAUGGAACGAAACAGAUAUAAGGAGAACGUCAUUUCCACAGCUUGCACCAUGAGGGUUCUGAAUGUGUUAAGACACUGGAUUUCUAAACAUGCCCAAGAUUUCGAAAGUGAUCUAAGAUUAAAAAACUUAACGAUAGAGUUUUUGGAUGAUAUUAUCUACAGUCCUAAUCUUCUCCCAGCCGAGCAUAAGGCAGCAGCUCAGCUACUACGGUUACUUACCAAAGAAGAACCAGAAAGUUCCAAAGUCGAUAUCUUCCAAUUAAUCACAGCACCUUCGACUCCAAGUAAAGAGAGUAUUGAAACUCUGUCAGCUUUAGAAAUCGCGGAACAACUAACUUACAUCGACCACCAAAUUUUCAUUUCCAUUUCUAGCGAAGAAUUCUUGGGUCAAGCUUGGAUGAAAAACGACAAGAACAGCAGAGCUCCACAUAUUCUCCUAAUGACCAAACGUUUUAACGACGUUUCUAGGCUAGUAGCCUCUGAAAUCCUUCGGCGUCCAUCAUUAACUGCCAGAGUAGCCGCUAUAGAAAAAUGGGCAGCCGUGGCUGAUAUUUCAAGAUGUCUGCAUAAUUUUAACGGAGUUCUGCAAAUCUGUUCCGCUUUCACCAACAGUUCGGUUUUUCGGUUGAAGAAAACUUGGGACAAAGUGUCGAAAACGACCAGGCAAACGAUCGAGAAGUUGCAGAAUAUCGUGUCCUCAGACGGUCGAUUUAGGUCACUGCGUGAUGCUCUGCAUAGAUGUGAUCCACCAUGUAUACCAUAUUUAGGGCUGUAUCUUACUGAUUUGUCUUUUAUCGAAGAAGGAACACCAAAUUUUACCCAAGACGGUCUCCUAAAUUUUUCUAAGAUGAGAAUGAUUGCUCACGUUAUUCGAGAAAUUCGUCACUUUCAGCAAACCCCGUAUAAAAUAGAGUUGAUACGUAAAGUUGCUAAUUAUUUAUUAGAUUCUUCAUUGUUAAUGGACGAUGAGGAACUUUAUAAUACGUCUUUGGAGAUUGAACCACGUACUUCACGUUUAAGCUCUUCAGCUCUUGGACAGUUAUCGUUAUCUUCAAAAUCUUAACUUUUAACAAUAAUCUGCAUUCUUAUGGACACGACAAUCGAUUUUUUCUCUAAAACUUUACAAUCAUUAAAACAUCAUUUUAUAAUAACAGUCACUAUUUGAGUAAAACGUAUACUAUAAUUUAGUUGACAGUUACUGACAAGUAACUGAGCAUUGCAAAACAAUCAUAUAAUUUUAAGUCAUUGCCAGUGGUUGGUACUUAAAUAACCUAAACUCCCCAGGAAGUUAAACUUUUGAAACUUUAAGACUGUUAGCAGUUAUAUCUUAGAAGAAACUUUAAGAACCUGUCAAAUUAUAUUCAAGUGUCUUCAUAGAUACUAUACUUAUCGCGUAAGGCCUACAUAUCAUUGAUUUUAAUACGUUUUGGCUUCCUUGGGAGUGUAAUUUAACUUUUUUAAAUAUCACCUUGUGCUAAUGCCGAAAAUGAUAAGGGAAUGAUUGUUGUAGAGUAGAUAUUAAUAAAAUUUCCCCAGAAUUUGUGUUUGCAGGUGUUCAAAAUCUCAAAAAUAGUUCCGAAUAUGGUACGUACACAAUGAAGGAAACUUUGCAAAAAACAUGGACAAUUUUUGAGAUUGUGUCUGUUAGAGUAUUGUCUAAUAGUAUAAAAUGUGAUAAUAGUGUGCGAAAUCAUAUCCACAUGUAGUAUGUACAAUAUUGUUGGCUUUCUGUUGUUAUAAUGCCGUCAGGAUAUCUAAUAUUUCAACAACAUAUCCAAAUUUACAUAUUUACAUAUUACAAAACUAUACUGUUAUAAAAUGUCUUCUAUUACUGUUCAACUACUGGUUAUAGGUACCUACUACACCCAUUUUCACGUUGUUAAGUGGCAAUUUGCCAAAUUAUAAACGUAAUUAGUGUAACAAAACUAAAAUAAUGUGCCAUCCUCUUUAAAUUUAAUGUAGAUUUUACAAAAGUUUUAUUUUGUAGUAAAUGGGAUGUUUAUAUAUGUAAUGAAAAAAUAGACACAACAACAGUUGAUUCGUUAGAUGAAUGUUGUGUCAUAGAUACUUUAGUUAUCUUCGACUUAAAAAAAUAAUUUCGCAAUGUGUUAGUGCUCAAUUAUGUAAAAUUGCGUCUUUUAGCAAUUAGUCAAUUAACAUUUCAGUUACUUUUGAUUUCCUAGUUCGAUACCAACAAUUUUGCUCACUUUAUAGCACCUCGUACAUUCCAACUUUCUAAGUGUCUUUGUUUUUUAAACUAUACCAUACCAAACAUCAAAGUGUGCUGGUUCAUAGCUCACUUUGCUCAAACUUUUUGUUGAUCAUGCGCACCAUUUUUAAUAUUUCUCAAUUCAGUCUCAACAAAUAUUGAGCACUAUUCUUUGUUCAAUGUUACAAUUGAUGGAUCAUUGACGCAGUACAGACCUUUUAAUAAAUUUAACAAAAAUAGAUUACGCUUACUCUAUAUUCUAUUGGUUUAAGUAACUGUAGUUUCUACCGAAAUCGGUAAAAACUACAAGCAAGUUAGCAAUGCGAGCCAAAAUUCAACAAUAGAUUUUUGUAACAAAUAUCAUUAUAAAAAGUUAAUAUUUCUUGUUUUAAAUAAAAUUCUCUAUCAGCUGUUUUUAUUACAAUGUUAUGACUUUAAGAUGUAAAUAAAUAUAGAUAUAUUUCUUUACAAUCUCAUUGUUCCAUAUAAUAUGUACU